AUGCCUGGAAAGUACCUCGUUACUGGUGGCCUCGUAGUCACCCUUGACGACUCCCUAGGUGAUUUCGAAAACGGCUCGAUUCUUAUCGAGGAUGGUGUCAUCAAAGCUGUUGGCAGAUCAGAGGACAUAACCGCAGAUGGCGCCGAAAUCAUCGACGCCACGGAAGGCGUCGUCAUACCUGGCAUGGUAGACACUCACCGCCACGCUACCUUGAGUCUCUCACGCGGCAUCAGUGUGGACGAAAACGCAUGGCCUUUCCUCGUCAACACUUACCACCCUCUGGUACCAUCGAUUGGGAUAGAAGAAGUGAGAACGUCCACUUUAGUCAGUGCUCUCGAAGCUCUGGAAAGCGGAAUCACCACGAUGAACGAGCCUUCCGAGGCUUUCCCCUCAGCUGAGUAUGUAGAGGCGGGACUACAAAGCUUCAGGGAGUCUGGUAUCCGGUCUCUGUAUUCUUUCGGUAUGCAUCAAAGUCCAUACGGUGACGCCCCGGCAGGAAAAGCUAGUUGGGAGGCCCGCAUGCAACAUGCCAAAAGGCUGUUCCAGGAGUACGGACAGGACGGACUGGUUCGUGUUGGCCUUCACCUCAGCCAACCUGGUACAGUACCAAUGACCUGGUUGCGCGACGAGAUAACUUUUGCGCAAGACCAAAGAGUUUUCUGCUGUUCCCAUUCCGCAUGUAUCAUGGGUUCUGACUUCUCCCGCGAUCUGGACGUGCGAGCAGACAUGGGGUGCAUGCUUCCUGGGCACCUGUACAUCCACUGCCCGAGUCUUACGGAUCAUGACAUGGGUCUGAUCGCAAAGACCGGAGGCAAAAUCUCAUUCGCGACUGAUUCGAAUAUCCAGACGGGUAUGGGAUACCCGCCUCUGAGAAACGCUCUGGCACACGGCUUGAAGCCCUCUCUCAGCACCGACAGCGCCAUGACGGCCCCGACAGACAUGUUGUCUACAAUGCGACUUCAGUUGCAGGCACAGCGCGGACAGGAUCACCAUGCCGUUCAUCUCACUCGCCAACCCUCAUUCAACAUGGACUUUGUCACCCGUGACGCUCUUAUCUGGGGAACGCGGAAUGGCGCGGAAGCUCUUGGCCUAGGCGACAAGAUCGGUACUCUCACGCCUGGAAAAAGAGCUGAUGUCGUCGUUAUUACCAGCAAGCGUAGAAUCUCUCCGUCGGUAAACCCUCUCGGCACCGCAAUGCUCCAGUCCACGCCUGCUGAUGUGGACUUGGUGAUGGUCGAUGGGAAGAUCAUGAAGCGUGACGGGCGUUUGGUGGGUGUGGAUAUGAACAAGAUUCGUGCGAGGGCGCGAGAAGAUUCGCGGCGUAUCAUGGAAAAUUUGGAGCGUCGGCGUUCGGGGUCGGUCAUGCAAAAGGGCGAAGAUCUUGUUCCGAUGUUGGAGAAGGUACAACGAGCUUGUUUUGGUGAUGUUUAUACUUGA